AUGUCCCGAAAUAGCAGCGAGAGAGAAGGCAGCGCUUUGCAGAGUCCCAUUGCCUGCGAGAGUUGUCGCCAGAGGAAACGACGGUGUGAUAGGAAGUUCCACGAGCCUGGACGAUGCCAAUACCCAGAGCAGAGCAAAAGGGGAAUUCCUAAUGGGUAUCUCAACAAACUAGAAACCCGACUCGCCGAGACCGAAGCUGCUCUCUUCCGCGUGCUCUCGGGAGCCCUUGAUCAUACCCAAGUUUUCGACUCUGCCUCGUCACCGGCCCUCUUACCCCAAGCUGCAUGGACACCAAGACAGAACAAGGUCGACCGUGUCAAGGAAUGGGAUAGUCUCCCGUUGCAGACGCCUGAUGACAUCCAAGCCUGGUACCGAUCCAAGGCUACAGAGCACAAUGAUCCUGCCAUCGACCUUCCUGCCGCGAGUCCGCAGUCGCUCAUAUCGACGGUAUCGGAUCCUAUGUUUGCGCCCCCCCCUCCGCCGAGAGACCCUAGCUCAGUACCUGGAUCAGUGUCAGACCACCAGGGAAUUUCUGAUGCGGUCAUUGAGCCUCAGCUUCGAGCCAUGACGCCAAUGGUCUCUACUCCUGUGAACAGGACAUCGUCUGAUAGCCUCAGCAAGGCCAAGGAGUUGUCCAAGUCGCAGCAGAACCUUUACUUCUGA